CCGCCCACAUGUUUGCUCUCGCCUAUGUAAACAUAACUUGCAGACUUAAAUCAACUUUCUCGGUUCAGACACCUCUUUUCGUCCAACAUACACGAGAGAAGAAACAUGGCGAACCUCAUCUGCGUCGCUCUCUUGGUAGUCUCUACUCUGCUCAUCAAUGUGAAUGGGUACGUGGUACAAGGACCGUGCCCGGCGGAUGAGACCGGCAAGCCUUACCAACCAGGAGACGUAUGGAACCAGGGCUGCUACACGUGCCAAUGUUGGGCCGGGGCCCACGGCUGCAACCAGGCGUUCCCUACCUGCUCGUACCCCGCAGGCUGUGUGAAGGUGUAUAACGAUGACGGCUGUGAGAUCAUGGCCGUGAUGGAGAAUCAGGCGGACCAGGUCUGCGACCCGAUAGGCUGCUGGGCGGUCGGAAAGUGAGCUGGGUACAAAGCUGUCCAAGUCGCUAGUAUGGCCCUCCAAUGA